UGUUUUAUUCCCUAUUUCGGUGUUUUGAAAUUUAAGUCGCCCUAAUUCACAAGCGAACCAGUCCCUCCUGGAGGCUGCAGGUUGAACCGGAACGCCUUCACAUUCUCUCUGACUUGACUGUUUUCCUCCUCGGCAGCCCCGGUUUGUCUCCGGGAUGCUGAGCAGGCGGGCGGGGCCGUUUUUCCUUGCAGUGCCCUGCCGUGGAGUGAUGUAGCAGGACGUACGGGACAGAGCUGCACACAGGGAAGCAGAGCAAACAGCACUACGGUUGGUUUAAUUUUUUUCUCCCCAAUAAACUCGUUCAAGUCUGUGCAUUUAUGAAGCACAAUGGAUCUAUUUAAUACGCCAGUUUAACCGCCAGCCGUCUCGGAGCCAACCGUGCAGCCUGACACACGGACAUCUUGUUUGUCUCACAUCAGGAGUGUAGAGAGAUUUUUUUCUUGAUUCUGGACCCCGGCUGUGCUGUAGUGGAGGCUCUCUACAGCCCGUCAUGGCGUGGCCCUGUAUCAGCAGGGCGUGCUGCAUGGCCCGCUUCUGGAACCAGCUGGACAAGGCUGACAUUGCGGUGCCUUUGGUGUUCACCAAGUACACGGACGUCUCUGAGAUGCAGCACAUCCAGCUGCAGCCGCCGCUCCACCCUCCCCAGGCCCGGGUCGCCAUAGAAACGCAGCCGUCUCGCGCGGAAUCCCGCACACGCGCGCCGCGAAGGUGCGUCUCCGAGGAGCGCGUGUGCAGCUCGGUGAUGCGCGAGGACUUUAAGCACUGGAAGGUGCGACCCGAACCGAGCUGUAAGCCCAAGAACGAGUACCACGGGCCGGAAACGCCGUUCAACAGCGAGACCCAGUACCAGAAGGACUACAAGCCGUGGCCCAUCCCGAAAAGGUACGACCACCCCUGGAUACCCAAACCUCCGAACGACGAGCGGGCGCCGGACAGGUCCAGGCACGCCAAACAGCACGCAGCGCUGGCGGACGCGGACAGCGGCGUGGAGAAGGGCGCCAUCGCCGACAAGGUGCAGGAGAAGGACCUCCUCCAGGCCCCGGAGAGGAAAAAGAAGUCCAGUAAGCAGGACGGGGCGAAGAAAGUUGUCCUGAAGGUGGAUGGAGAGGACAGAGGGAGGGCAGCGGCGGACGCUGUGAACAGGCAGAUCCGAGAAGAGCUUACAGGAGGCAGCUCGUACAAAACUGAGUACAAGGCUUACAGAGAUGUGAAGCCAGCAAAGAUGAUCCGGGCCAAGUCCCAGUACCUGCCCCCGGAUGAGAAGACCAGCCUAGAGACCAGCUAUAGCGCCACCUUCAAGGGGCAAGUCCCUCUGCGGUCUGCUGACAACAAAGCCCUGGAGAGGAGGAGGAUACGCAGUUUGUACAGCGAGCCUUACAUAGACCCCAUCAAUCAGGUUGACAGGUAUAGUGCCCGCUCUAAACCCAGAAAGUCUGGAGCCACAUCAUCUGGCCCGGGCAAGCCAGGGAAGAAAGCCAAAGAUAAGCAGAGCGGCGCACUGAGGGGCUCCAAGAAGACAGCCUCGGAGAACCACCCCGAGAACCGGCCAGCUGUGGGGGACAAGGAGAAAAGUAAAGAGAUGAACAACAAACUGGCUGAGGCAAAAGAGGUUGUGCUAAAACAGUACCACUACAUACAACUCUGCCAGCCAAUCCGAGAUAUUGGCUGGGUGCAGACUCUAAAGCAACACCUGUGGGGCUGUGCACUUCCCAAUCCCAGAGACGCUCAGGACGAGCCUCUCCGACCCGGUCAUCAUCAUUCCCAGGGUGCUGCUGGAGGAGAGCCACAACCACUGCUGGAGAGAGCCGAGCCUCGGAGGAGCGGCGCCGUCGUACGCUUUGCCCUAGACGGGAACCAGACUGAGUAGGUCUGCAGAGGGCAGAUCCACCUCGCACAGAGACUGCUGCUCUGCACUGUACAUAUCUAGUAUUUGCAACUGAGUUGGAUUAGGAAAAAGAGGUGAAGCCCACAAAAAAAAAGGAACAAAAAUAAAUAAAUAAUAAUAAUCACUUUGUGCUAUUCAAGAGGAAGCUCACGUAUUUGAAAACGCGCAUGUUUGGAACAGCUUCUGGCUCUAAGGUCGCGGCUGUUCGACCCACGGCAUUAUCGCAAUGGUGCUACAUCAUUUCUUUCUGGUUUCAUGCAGUUGAUUUCAAACAAAUGUGUCGAUAUUAUUAGAAACACCACACCAUAAAGUGCUUAUACAACAACUACACACAACUGUACUGUACAUUGAUCGGUUUUAGUGUAAAUAAAUC